GGCUGUUAAUACUGCUACAUCGCUGCUAGGACUACCCUUAUACCAACGCUAAAGUUAGUGGAUGUUCCAUGCCAGGUGCGUAGUUCAUUUUAAUCUGGACAACACAGCUUUAAAAAAAAAAAAAAAAAAAAACGCAUCUUUGCUAUCCGGGACAUAUUUUUGUGGCAUUGGCGCAGUUUUUCUUUGCCGUAGCCUUAGUCGUAAGUAAAUCAAAUACAUUUUAACUAACUUAUCUGCGUUAGGAAUUAGCUGUCAAGCUAAAUAAAGGACACUUUUCCAUGCCGGAUUUCGAGCAUUUCAGAUUUUCAUACUCUAAUAUGAAUCCGUUACUGGGGGAGAACGCCUUUCUGAUGCAGCAGCAGCAUCAAUUGACUAGCCAGUCAGUCUCCCCCGCAGGCCUGGACUAUUACGGCGCACCUGAAUCUGGAUAUAUCUUGGGCGACAACACCGGCUUCGGACAGGACGGGCUAUCUGGCCUGGACUUCGGUGCUUUCCCACCAUCGGGACUUGAAUACCUGCAUCUAAACAACUCCAUGCACCGCACGCCUCCGCCCCCAGCUGCGAUGGCGCUUCGGAACGACCUGGGCUCCAACAUAAGCGUUCUGAAAACCCUGAAUUUAAGAUUCCGUUGCUUUUUGGCCAAAGUACACGAGCUGGAACGUCGGAAUAAAGCGUUGGAGAAACAGCUUCAGAUGGCCUUGGAAAACAACGAGGACAGCGGAGACGCACCAGUGAAAAAGCCGGUGACCAAAGAGAUGGGGGUACAGACCGGUUUCAUCGGGCCUCUUCCCCUAUGGCCCGGACACGUCCCAGUUCAGAACGCAAAUAACCCCGCAUAUAUGCCUGGAGGCCUGUUAUCUCCUUCACUUCACAGGCCCACCUCCCUCUCCAUUGAAUCCAACAGUAGAUCAAUGCUCGCAAACUCAAAUCCUAACCUUACGCUGACCGAUUCCAAUUCGAACCUCACUUCCAGUAUCCCCGUUAGCCCGAGGACUCCAACGGACUCAUCCAAAACUAUCUCCAACAUUAAUGAGAGGUACGUCAGUUCAGGGACAGGGGUCUACAGUAUCCCGCCUCCGCGCUUCCUACCGGGAAACCUUUGGUCCUACAACCACACCCGCCGAUUUGACUCAGGCAGAGAGGCCCGCGCAACUGUCCCUGGAGUGUCCUGUGCGCAUUCGGACGGGGUGGGAGUGCAGAUCGACACCAUCACACCGGAGAUACGGGCCCUGUACAACGUGCUCGCUAAAGUGAAACGAGAGAGAGACGAGUACAAGCGCAGAUGGGAGGAAGAAUACACAGCGAGGGUGGACCUGCAGGAAAAAGUUUCAGAGCUUGAAGAGGACCUCCAGGAGAGCGAGGUGUGUCAGGAUGAGCUCGCCCUCAGGGUCAAACAGCUGAAGGCAGAGCUGGUCCUGUUCAAAGGCCUCAUGAGCAAUAACCUGUCGGAGCUGGACAGUAAGAUUCAGGAGAAGGCCAUGAAGGUGGACAUGGACAUCUGCAGGAGGAUCGACAUCACGGCCAGGCUGUGUGACGUGGCUCAGCAGAGGAACUGUGAGGACAUGAUCCAGAUCUUCCAGCACGUGGCCACACCUCCUUCCACCCUCCGUCGUCCCCGUAAGCAGGCGCCCCAGUCCGCCAAAGGCUGCGAGGGAGACGAGACUUUCAGUUUGUCUGAAAGUGAGGGAGGCGGGACCAAAGAGGACGAUUCAUGCAGCACGUCAGCCAAUCAGAUCAACGAGGAAAUGCAGAGGAUGUUGAAUCAGCUUCGAGAGUGUGAGUUUGAGGAUGACUGUGACAGCUUGGCCUGGGAGGAAACUGAGGAAACCCUGCUUCUGUGGGAAGAUUUCCCAGGAUGCACUCUGGGCGUGGAGUCCCAAGGCGAGCAGCAGGAUGAGUCCAUAGAGAAGGUGAUAAAGGACACAGAGUCGCUGUUCAAAUCCAGAGAGAAGGAAUACCAGGAUACCAUCGACCAGAUCGAGCUGGAGCUGGCUACAGCGAAGAGCGACAUGAACCGCCACCUCCAUGAGUACAUGGAGAUGUGCUCCAUGAAGAGAGGCCUGGACGUCCAGAUGGAGACCUGCAGAAGGCUCAUCACCCAGAGCGGAGACAGUACAUCUCCCUGCCUCAUCCCUGUGGCGGCCGAGGACUCUGAGGAUGGAGAGAGGGAAGGGAAAAAGGCUCCUCCAGGAAACUCUGAGAGUAACGAGUCCUGCUGUGGCACACAAGCUACAGGCUGUGUCCCGUCCCUACCCUGGAGGAAGCCCUAACACUCGUCUCCAAAUCUCCAAAUAUCAUCUGCACCGGGCUGUUUACAUUUAGUCUUAAAUCAUGUAACCAGGAGACUCGGAGUCUUACUACCGGGACCUAGUGAAGCAGUGUCAUUACUGCCCUCCUGUGGUUGGAGGUUGAUACUACUCAGUACACUGCAAGGAAAUUAAAUAGCACUUUAAAGGUAUCCUAUAAUAAGAAGACAUGAGCGAUACAAAUGAAUACUUUCGUUUAUUUUGCACACUGCAACUAGCUUUACAGAGGGAAGUGCAGCCUGAAUGAUUUGCACACAGUUUAUGUUGAUAAAGAUGCCUUAUAUUCCAGACACUGGCUGGUCAAAAAAGACAAAAUGCACAAUUAAAAAUAACUGCACAUUUUCAACCUUGUCAAUGCAGUAAUCAUCCUGUUGAGACAGGAUUUAACAAAAUUGAACAAGAUUUAAUGUCCUGCUAUAAACCACUUCGUUUAAAAUAACACAAUGCAGAUAGAAAUAGUACAAUGUUUUAGAAAGAUUAAGUGCAUUAAAUUAAAAACAAUUUGCCGUUGUUUGAUUAAUUAAAUGUUAGUUUCCCCCCAUCUUAAUCUUCAUCCCAAUAAUAUGCAGCCACAAGCCAGUCACUAGCCCUGCCCCUUUAAUAGCACAUGUGCAGUGCUAAUUUCAGUAUACAGCAAUCCUGGAUCCAUUAAUCAACAACAACACAAUCACCAACAGUCUGAGGAUACAAACACAAAGAUAUUGAAUGUUUUGUAACACAACCCAUUGAGUGCAGUUUUGAAAUUAAAGCCAGAUAUCCUAUAAGGUUAUAGGACAAAAGUGACAUUUAAGAAAUUAGGAACCAUUACUGUCGAGGGGUCCUGAUAUAGACCUAAACUUGUCUCUACUUGCCUCAGUAGCCUCUGGGCUGAUGAUGUCACGCCCUGUUCUCUCCACCACAGUAACUACAGCUCUGCUGGCCAGGACAGAGCAGAGAAGCUCACCAUGGUAGGACAGUCGUAGCACUAGAAGGUUCAGUGACUAUGCAGUCCCUGAUAAGGCAUCCACCCUCGAAUUUCCUGACACAUCAAAUGCAUAGUAUUUUAUUAUAAUCAUUUAUUUACAUUUUGAAAAAAUAUUUAAAAACCUGUGUUUUGCUUCCUCGAUGUACAGUUUGUAAAUCCAGGCUUGUGAAGCUGCUCAAACCUGUGUAAUCAACAGCAAGGCUGUAUCAAAGGCUGAAGUGUGUACGCUUUCACUGUAGAUGUUAAUGAAUGUAAAUAUCAUGUACAGGUGAACACACUGUAGAACAGAAUUGUACAAUGUAUUUAAUCACUGAGGGGAGGCAAUACGACUCGAAUGGAACUCAUAUGUUAAGGGAGCUAAUAUCUAAAGUGUGCACAAAAAUGAAAAGAAUCUGUACAGUAGGUGUGCAUGUCUUGUCAGCGUGGAUGCUUCUGUGUCUGUAUGUAUAGCAGUGUGGUGGAAGUUCACUUGUUCACCUCCUUGGGCAAUCAAAAACAACAACACUUUUUCUACAAUAGCAACAUGAAUAUUCACUUGAUAUAGUCUGUCCUCAGUCUAGACUUUGCUCAUGAGAGUCCACGGAAUGUACAGAAACCACAAUGAAACAAAGCAUAAAAAGUACAAAAGCAACAACUUAAUCGACAUAGCCGGCAACAGACAACAAUAACUCUUCUUUAUCCGAUAGCAUUGCAUUCAGUACAGUUGAGCAAGCAAGUCAACUUUUGAAAAGAUUAAUAAAUGUACGUAAAACAUAAAAAUGACUUUUGACAACUGUUGUGUGAGUGAUGACAAGAUGGUGGCUUAGUGUUUGUGAGGUGAGGAAACUUUACUUUCAGUCUCAGAUAUCCAUCCUGUGGCAGGGACAGUAGUGACAGAUUGUGAGCUGACUGUGUGUAUAACAACCUCUACCAUCAUGGAAACUGGAAACAGAAUAAAAGGACUUGAAUGAGUCUCU